AUGGAAGAGGGGGCAUUUGGGGUAAUUCCAGAAAAUCUUCCAGAUAAUCUGACCAAAAUCCGAAUAGAAAAAUCUCACUUUACUGAAAUUCCUCGUGGGGCUUUUUCACAAACACGCUCUUUGGAGAACCUGUGGCUGAAUUUCAAUGACAUCAGAGUGAUAAACUCAAAGGGUCUGGAGGGUUUGGAGAAGUUAACUGAACUUCGUUUGCAGGGGAACAAGCUGUGUUCAGUUCCAUGGACGGCAUUCGAGGACACGCCGGUGCUCCAGAUUCUGGACCUGAAGCACAACCAGCUGGAUGUCCUGCCUGAGCAUGCCUUCAAGUAUUUAUUAAGUCUGACCUAUUUGGAUUUAUCUUUCAAUCGUCUAACAGUCUUAUCAAAACAGGUUUUUCUAAACUGGCCUCUGUAUGUGAAAAUACAAGGCACAGACGAGCAAGGGACAGUUGCCAUUGGACCAAACAUAGUGCUGGCAUUCCAUGACAAUGCCUGGCUUUGCGACUGUCGACUGAAAGGUUUUGUAGAAUUCAUCCGGUCACUAAGCCCCCCGAUUAUACUGAUGAACUCUUACUUGACCUGCUCAGGGCCGGAUAUUAGAGCCGGCAAGUUUUUCCAUGAGAUUGAGCUGCUGGCCUGCAUAAAACCCACCGUCACCACCCCAUCCACAAACAUCAGCGUGCAUCCGGGCACAAAUGUCACACUGCGCUGCCUUGCUAAAGCCAGGCCGGAACCCACGGUGUGGUGGACAUAUGGUCUGAAGAUAAUCAGAGGAUUUCAUGAGGUACAGGAAAGAGUGGAUGGAGACACCAUCAGGUCUCUCUUGGUGAUCCCCUUUCUCCAUGCGGCUGACCGCGGUGUUUACACCUGCAGUGCCAUCAACUUCAUUGGAAACUCGUCUGUCAGUGUCCUCCUGGACGUCGACUCUCCUGAUGGCUCACGGUACUCACUACUCCCUAGCUUGCCUGUUCAACCUGCUACUGCUGAGGAAAAUGUCUACACGGAUAUCCACAUCACCAAACAGACUGUACGCGGCAUUUCCAUCGAGUGGUUUGCCACAUUGGACCACCCGUCUGAAACCUGGUUUAUGAUCCACUUUGGUCGCACAGACACUGAUAAAAGGGAAACAAUCUACAUUGGCCCUGGGAUUCACUCUUACUCUGUGUCUGAUCUGAUGCCUGCAACUAAAUAUGAAAUCUGUGUGACCCUGAAGAACCAGACACCUCGUCCUGAUCAGUGCAUUGUGUUUGUAACAGGAAGUGACAUUACUGAUAUGGAGCAGAGGGAGAAGAUGAUUCAUAUCAUGGUGGUAGUUUUCGCCAUGGUGCUGGCUGUGCCCAUAGGCAUGUACGCCUGCACCGCCGACAUUAAGCUUCCCUGUGUGGAGUGGAUUAUUGUGUCCUGCAAGAACCGGAGGAGAGGUGGCAGCUCGCCAGCAGGGGCAAGAGAAUGGCAAGGCACCUUCGACAGCCUGCAGGCUGCCAGCGACGAAGGCCUGAUUAUCAAAGACUGUGGUGACGACAGGAAGGUGAGGAGGCGGUCAGAUGACAAACUGCAUCAGGGCAAGAGUGACCACAGCAAACUCACAGCUGAACUAUAUUAG